AAGAAGAGAGGAGGGGUUUACUCUGAGGGAAGUUUGACACGAAUGCAGCAGGCUGAGCUGGGAAUAGCACCCGCAGCAGUGCGGGAUAAGUGAGCCUGGACUUGGCACGGCUCGGGUUGAGGUGUGCCAGCAGCAGCCGGGACUCUGAAGUUGUUUCCCGGGAUCAGCAGCAGAGCCCCCGGGGGCUCCGGAACUCUGUCACCGGCCUUUCAUAACCAUAUUCACACUUUGGUUUUAUUUGUGUGUGUCGCCAUAGCGGCUCGUGUGUGCAGUACACGCCGGUGAAAGGAGCCUCUGUGACGGGGACGGAGAGCCGGUGCCAGGCGGAGCUCCUCUCCGGGUUUCUGCCUCUCUUUGAAGCGGGAACACACGGGUGUUUUUGUGGCGGUGUUCCGGUUGGGUUCCCCGGAGACUCGGUGGCUUAUUUUCGUUUGGAUGUGUUCAUUUUUCCCCUGACAGGGAGUUUGUUUGUCGGGGGGAAGUUGAUGUCGUCGUGGAGCCCGGACUUGGAGUGGUGACAGCGGGCGUUCGCUGGUGGAAUAAUUGAUAAAAAAGACACACGGCGGCUCCUCUGUGACUCUGUGAGUGUGUGUUAACGCUCAGCCAGAGCCGAGUCGUGCCGAGCCAGAGCGACCAUGCCCGUCAGGAGGAAAGAUGCACAGCGAGCUCUGCUGCUGCUGGAGGAAUAUCGCACCAAACUGAACCACACCGAGGACCGGCAGCUACGAGUCUCUCUGCAGAGGGUCAUCGACAUCUUCCAGAGUAACCUGUUCCAGGCGCUCAUAGAUAUCCAGGAGUUUUACGAAGUGACCUUAUUGGACAGUCAGAGAUGGGUGGAGUCUCCAAAGGGGGCGGACCCCACAGUGCCCGUCAACCUGUGGGACUUCUCCAGCCUUCAGAGCACCACAGUGACCUCUGACCUCAGCACCAGCAUUGAGAAGUACCAGCACCAUGACGAGGACUCGUCCCUCCAGGACCAGAGCUCCCCCCAGCUGACAGAGGAGGGGGGUGCGGGGCCAGAGCUGGUCCAGGUGGCAGAAAAGAACUUGUCCCAGGUGGAGAACGUGCACGGCUAUGUCAGCCACGCCCACAUCUCUCCUAUGAAGGUGGCGUCUCUGGAGUGCGUCUUUGACGGGUCGUCGAUGUUAGGACAGCAGCACCCGGAGCUCCCCUCCUCCACCUCCCCUACCUCCUCCACCUUCCACUCUCACGGAGAGGACAACCACUUCCUGUCCUGCUCCUCCAACCCCUACCCCCUGAUCCAGCAGGCUGACUCUGCCCCGCCUCCCUCCUCCAUAAUCCCUGUGAUCCCAAUCUCACCAAUCCCAGCUGAGACCUCCAUCAUCCCUACGACAUCACAGGCCAAUCCUGCUCCUUUGGUGGUCAACACGGACAGUCUGGACACGCCCCCAUACGUGAACGGGACAGAGGCUGAUUAUGAGUAUGAGGAAAUCACACUGGAGAGGGGCAACUCGGGUUUGGGCUUCAGCAUUGCGGGCGGCACGGACAACCCACACAUCGGUGAAGACCCCAGUAUCUUCAUCACCAAAGUCAUCGCAGGAGGAGCGGCCGCCCAGGAUGCACGUCUCAGGGUGAACGACGUCAUCCUGAGGGUCAACGAGGUGGACGUACGAGAUGUGACCCACAGCCGCGCCGUGGAGGCCCUGAAGGAGGCGGGCUCGCUCGUCCGACUCUACGUCCGCCGCAGGAAACCUGUGUCCGAGAAAGUGAUGGAGAUCAAACUGGUGAAGGGACCCAAAGGUCUGGGCUUCAGCAUCGCGGGCGGAGUCGGGAACCAGCACAUCCCAGGCGACAACAGCAUCUACGUCACCAAGAUCAUUGAGGGAGGAGCCGCACACAAAGAUGGGCGGCUGCAGAUUGGAGACAAGCUGCUUGCUGUGAACAGCUCGUGUCUGGAGGAAGUGAGCCAUGAACACGCCGUCACUGCCCUGAAAAACACUCCGGACGUGGUUUACUUAAAAGUGGCCAAACCCAACAGUGUCUUCAUGCACGAGAGCUUUGCUCCACCAGACCUCACCAACUCGUACUCACAGCACAUGGAGAACCAUAUCAGCCCGCCCCCCUUCCUGGGUCAGCCCCUCCCACCACCAGCACCAUCGGGGCGCUACUCCCCGACCCCGAAGAGCAUGCUGGGAGAUGAUGAUGUCACGCGAGAGCCGAGGAAGGUGGUGCUGCACCGAGGAGCGACUGGUCUGGGCUUUAACAUCGUGGGCGGCGAGGAUGGAGAGGGAAUCUUCAUCUCCUUCAUCCUCGCCGGAGGACCAGCUGACCUGUGCGGCGAGCUGAGGAAAGGAGACAGACUCGUAUCAGUGAACGGCGUGGAUCUGCGUAGUGCCACCCACGAACAGGCUGCCGCUGCCCUGAAGAACGCCGGACAGACGGUGACCAUCAUCGCCCACUACAGGCCAGAGGAUUACAGCCGCUUCGAGGCAAAGAUCCACGACCUGAGGGAGCAGAUGAUGAACAGCAGCAUCAGCUCGGGGUCCGGUUCUCUGCGCACCAGCCAGAAGAGGUCACUGUACGUCAGAGCUCUCUUUGACUAUGAUAAGACCAGAGACUCGGGUCUGCCCAGUCAGGGUCUCAACUUUAAGUUUGGCGACAUCCUUCACGUGGUGAACGCGUCCGAUGACGAGUGGUGGCAGGCACGUCAGCUGACCGCUCAGGGCGAGGUGGAGGAAGUGGGCGUGAUCCCCAGCAAGAGACGGGUGGAGAAGAAAGAGAGGGCAAGGUUAAAGACGGUGAAGUUCAACGCCAAGUCUGGAGAGCGCGGGCAGUCUCUCAAUGACAAGCGUAAAAAGAACCUCUUUUCCCGAAAGUUUCCGUUCUACAAGAGCAAAGAGACGAACAAGCAGGAGACCAGCGAUGUCGACCAACAUGUGACCUCUAACGCCAGCGAUAGCGAGAGUAGCUACCGUGGACAGGAGGAGUACGUCUUGUCGUAUGAACCUGUCGUUCAGCAGGAAGUGAACUACACGCGUCCCGUCAUCGUCCUGGGACCCAUGAAAGAUCGGAUUAACGACGACCUGAUCUCCGAGUUUCCCGACAAGUUUGGAUCCUGCGUCCCGCAUACGACGCGGCCGAAGCGGGACUACGAGGUGGACGGAAGAGAUUAUCACUUCGUGGUGUCCAGGGAGCAGAUGGAGAAGGACAUCCAGGACCACAAGUUCAUCGAGGCGGGUCAAUACAACAACCACCUGUACGGAACCAGCGUGCAGUCAGUGCGAGAGGUCGCUGAGAAGGGGAAACACUGCAUCCUGGACGUGUCAGGAAACGCCAUCAAGAGGCUGCAGUUGGCUCAGCUUCACCCCAUCGCCGUCUUCAUCAAACCCAAGUCUGUGGAGAACAUCAUGGACAUGAACAAGCGUCUGACAGACGAGCAGAGCAGGAAAACCUUUGACAGAGCAACCAAGCUGGAGCAGGAGUUCACUGAGCACUUCACAGCUGUUGUUCAGGGGGACACUCUGGAAGACAUCUAUGAUCAGGUGAAGCAGAUCAUUGAGGAACAGUCAGGUCCGUUCAUCUGGGUUCAGUCCAAGGAGAAGUUGUGAAGAUCCUCCUCCUCUUCCUCGUCCUCGAUAAAAUAUUUCUUUUUCUAACGUUUACGUUUCUCUUAUUUUUAACAUUUUAUUUGAAGUGAAGUUUAAAUAUUUCGCGUGAAGAAAACUUUUUAAAAAAAAUCAUUAAUUUUCGUGAGUUUGAGGUCGGGACAUGUCUGAUAGCGGCGCCCUCUUGUGGUGGGAGUGUGAACGUGCGCAGACGGCCGAUUCAGCGUUGUCCGUGUCUUGUUUCUAUGGCAACGAUGUGGGUGGUGUGUGGGCGGAGCCUGUUGUACAGUGAGAUGUGGGCUAUUUUGUUAUAAUAAAGUCUAUAUUGAA